UGCACAAAUUACACAAGCUAGCCAAUUACUUCUUUCUUCUUCCCCAAACCUGUCUCCAUCGUUAUAACGUUGUUGGUAAUAAAAAGAAAAUGGAGCAAUCCAAUUGUGGUGUGCUCGUAAGCGAGUUGUCCAUGUCCGACGACCAGAUCCUGAAACAAAUUCGUGAAACCCAUGUUCCUGUUCCUAACCAAAAUAUUCCUUGCUCUGAUCUUUUCGAUGCCAUUAGAAGUUUUCUUUACCUUGCAACCCAAAUUGUUGACAAUGCUUUGCUGGGUGCUGGAGGACUGGAGAACCUGGAGGUACCGGCUGUCUCGACCACCGGUGACCUCAGCCUACUUCCAGGCAUACUCGACCAACUUUCCACAGUGCUGAGACGCAGCGCUCCGUGUGGGGAAACUGAACUGAAAAACACGUCAAUGUCCAUACUUCGUAAUGAGCUCUCAAGCUUUUCAUGGACUGAAAAAGCAGUGCUGAUACUUACUGCUUUUGCUGUGGACUAUGGAGAUUUUUGGGCCCUUGUAAAGUUACAGUCGUUCGACAGACUUGUGGAAUCAGUGGGAGUCACAAAACGUGAACCUACGACUAUAAACUGCCCAGACCUUAUAAAAUGCGAGAAAGAGAUUGGUGAUAUUAGUUAUUUGAUCAAGGACACGUUGGAAGCAAUCAAAUGCAUUAUUGAGUUCGAAAGGCAAUCUAACUGGGCUGAUACCAAGGGAAUCAAAACUACAUUGUUAACCACUGUCACGGACAGUAUCCCUUUGCAUGUCUACUGGGUAAUCGUAACUGUUGUUGCUUGCACGACUCAGAUGUUUUGUCUCAGUAACGAUACGGUCAAGACACUGGAUCUAUCGCCCUUGAUUGAGAAGAUAAGCACCACCUCGAAUUACUAAAGGAGAAUCUAAAGGAUUGCGGUCAACAAAUAGCUGAACAAGCGCCAAAACCUCGUUUGUGCACAAGGAUUUUGGCGGUUAAAGCUACAGGACCAGGCGUGUAUGUGAGCGAGGAUUACACUUUCUUAUAUGGAUCCACCAACAACGGAUGGAAGAAUCAAUUUCUUGGUCAUGUAACUAAUAUCAUUUGCGAUUU